UUUAACCCUUUACAAUAGUUUUACGCGCUACUUUGAGAUGUUCACUUCAUUUUUUCGGUAUUUUUAAUUAAUAAUGAGCGGAAAAGGGAAAUAUCUUCCUAAAUCGCAACUUUACGACACCCAGUAUAGUACAGUUCAGUAUUAUAAUAAGUCUUUAGAAGAUUUAUAUGAAUCUUUGAAAGAAAAAAAACUUGCUGAUAAGAGAAAACAGAAGGAACUUGAGAAGGAAAAUAGAUUGGAACUGUAUAGUAGCAGGGGGAGAUGUCAAAGAUUUUAUCUAUCACUAUGGCAAAAUACAUUUGGGCACUUUGGCGAGGACUGGAUAUUUCUGGCUUUUUUGGGCAUCUCUGUAGCUAUAAUAAGUUAUAGUAUUGAUCAAGGAGUUAUAGCUUGUUCCAAAGCUAAGGCCUUGUUAUACGCAAACGCAGUGAACAUUGGGUUUGUGAAAUGGUUAGCUUGGGUAUGUCUUCCUGUUAUACUUAUUCUAUGGGAUGUAGGAUUCAUAGCUAUCAUUGCACCUAAAGCCGUAGGCUCGGGCGUGCCUCAAAUCAAAACUUGCCUCCGAGGAGUUUACCUGAAAGAAUUCCUAAGUUUCAAGGUGCUGAUAGCUAAAUGGACGGGCAUAAUAGCCACCAUUGGGAGCGGACUUCCGAUGGGCAAGGAAGGUCCUCUUAUCCAGAUGGCCAGUAUAAUCGUGACCAAGAUCAGCAAAUACUUGUCGAAUUUUAAAAGCGUUUACUUGAACGAAAACAAGAAAAUCGAACUGAUUGGUGCAGCGUAUGCUGCGGGAGUGGCAUGCACGUUCAAUGCUCCAAUUGGAGGGGUACUGUUCAGCGUGGAAAUAUCGACGGCGUACUAUGCUGUUAGAAAUUACUGGAGAGGUUUUUUUGCAGCUGUUUGGGGAGCUACAUUUUACAGGUUAUUAUACGUGUGGAUUGACGGUCUGGAUACAAUAAGGGUGGUUUUUCCCACGAGUUUUCCCACUGAUUUUCCCUACGAUCCCACAGAGUUACUAGCCUUUGCCAUAUUGGGAAUCAUAUGCGGGCUAGGUGGCUCAUUUUACAUAUUUUGUCAAAGAGCAAUCAACAGAUUCACGAAAACCAACAAAUAUAUACUGUGGGUUAAAAAUAAAAACCGAUUCGUAUAUCCGUUUAUAAUAAUUUUGGCAGUUUCUUCCAUGACAUAUCCCCCGGGAUUAGGUCAAUUUAUUGCUUCAACUCUAGCACCGAAACUGCAAGUUGUUCAGCUUUUUUCAAACUUCGCAUGGACUCAAGGGAACCACACUGUGGCCCAACAGCAAAUUAUAAGCAACUGGAGUACGGAUAAGACUGACAUUUAUGCAAAUUUGGUCGUGUUUUUUUGGUACCAGUUUAUUGCUUCGAUCCUCGGUACUACCCUACCUAUUCCAAACGGAGCAUUUAUCCCGAACUUCAGAAGUGGAGCAGCUCUAGGUAGAAUUAUUGGAGAACUUAUGGCCACAUGGUUUCCCCAAGGUAUACAAACGACUGGGAAAAUCUCAAAAAUCAUGCCAGGAGCGUACGCCACUGUAGGGGCCGCGGCGUACAGUGGCGCCGUCACUCACACGCUAUCCACCAGCGUGAUUUUGUUCGAAAUGACGUCACAAAUUCGUUACGUUAUUCCUGUACUUAUUUCGAAUCUCAUUGCGAACGGUAUAGCCAGGCUGUUUACUCCUAGUAUAUAUGACGUGGGUAUAGGUAUGGGAAAACUGCCGUAUUUGCCAGACUUGUUGCCUAGCAGUAGUGCAAUAUAUCGAAUAUUUGUGGAGGACUUCAUGAUCAGAGACGUGAAAUUCGUACACUUAGGGAUGACCUACACCAAACUAAAAGACGUAUUGAAAGCGAAUAAAAAUAUAAAAGUAUUUCCAUUGGUUGAUAACGUCCACAAUAUGAUUCUAUUGGGCAGUGUAUCCAGAAGUGACUUGAUCAAUUUAAUAGAGCAGCAAAUUGGUCCUAAAAAACGGCUAGAACUUGUUGAAAGUAGGCCAGACGAUAAGAAAAUUAGUAGUAUCGAAGAUGUCCGGCAGAAAAUCUUUGACAAAUACAACGUGAGCAAACAAUUCGGAUCUCAAACCAAAAUGACAGAUGGUCAGGUUCUGGUUCAAAGAGUGUGCGAUCUACCGAGGUUUCUACAGAAAGAAUGGGAAGAAAACCAACUUAACGAAUCAAUCGAUUUUACUUUGUGCCAUGUGGAUCCAGCACCGUUCCAGCUUGUGGAACACACCUCUUUGCUCAAAGUUCAUUCCUUGUUCUCAAUGAUGUCCAUCAAUACAGCGUAUGUAACGAACAUAGGAAAACUGGUAGGGGUUGUAGGUCUGAAGGACUUGAGGAAAGCUAUCGAAGAUGCCAAUGCUGGGAUUCUACCAAUGGAGAGAUUUGGUAGAACUCAAGAUGAUAAGGAUGGUGAAAGUAUGCCACUCGUUCAGAAGAAAAUAUAAAAAAAACGGAUUUUAAAGUUCUAUUUUGAAGAAGGAAUAAAAAAGUCAAUAGUUUUUAUGGAGUAUACAACAUACUUAUUAACAUUAGCAUUAUCUUUAAAGAUUAUACAGGGUGAGUCUUAAAUAAGUGCAAAUAUUUUAAGGGUAGAAUAUUUCGACCCCAGAAACACGAU